AUGGACGAGAACCAGCAGAACGCACUGCACUGGGCAGCAGCCGGGGGACACGCGGAGGUGGUGAGGCGUCUGCUGGAGGAAGGAGCUGAUGUCAACGCCAGGGACCGCUGGCGGAACACGCCUCUGCAUCAGGCUGCAUGGAAUGACAAUGCGACUGUGGUGCGGCUGCUGGCGGCAUCCUCUGCCGACUGCAACGCCAGGGAUCACACUGGGAACACACCACUGCACGAUGCGGCACGGCGUGGACAAACAGACGUGGCGACUGCGCUACUGGAGGCAGGGGCCGACAGGGAAGUCAGGAAUUACGAUGGGGACACGCCGCUGGACCUAGCCGAGUGGAACAACCACGAGUGGCUCAUAGACAUCCUAGGAUCAAGCUAA